AUGGUCCGCUACGCCGCAACCGAGAUCGAGUCCGCAAAGAGCGCGCGCGCCCGUGGCAGCUACCUUAGGGUGUCGUUCAAGAAUACCCGCGAAACAGCUCAGGCCAUCAACGGAUGGAAGCUCCAGCGCGCCCUCACCUACCUCAAGAAUGUCCAGGAGAAGAGCGAAGCCGUUCCCAUGCGGAGAUAUGCCGGGAGCACUGGCCGUACUGCCCAAGGCAAGCAGUUCGGUGUGAGCAAGGCCCGCUGGCCCGUCAAGUCGGCUGAGUUCCUCUCAUCGCUCCUCAAGAACGCCGAGGCCAACGCCGACACCAAGGGUCUGGACACCAGCAACCUGAUUGUCAAGCACAUUCAGGUCAACCAGGCACCURAGCAGCGCCGCCGAACAUACCGUGCCCACGGUAGAAUCAACCCAUACAUGUCCAACCCAUGCCACAUCGAGUUGAUCCUUACCGAAGGCGAGGAGGUUGUCCAGAAGUCCGCCGAGACCGUCGCCCGCAAGCCUCACUUGAACUCCCGCCAGCGCGCCCAGAUCACCCAGAAGGCCAUCACCUCUGCCUAG